GCGGGUUUGAGUGCGCCGGUGCGGCGGGGAGGCCGGAGCGGCGGGGAAGCGGUGCGGGGCCUGGUGGUGUCUCAGCGGCCGGCGCCAUGUCGAUUAUGUCAUAUAACGGCGGGGCCGUGAUGGCCAUGAAGGGGAAGAACUGCGUGGCCAUCGCUGCGGACCGGCGGUUUGGAAUUCAAGCGCAGAUGGUGACCACGGACUUCCAGAAGAUUUUCCAUAUGGGAGAGAGACUGUAUAUUGGAUUGGCUGGGCUAGCCACAGACGUGCAGACCGUUGCCCAGAGACUGAAGUUCAGGCUGAACCUCUAUGAACUGAAGGAAGGAAGGCAAAUCAAACCUCAAACUUUUAUGAGCAUGGUUUCUAAUCUACUCUAUGAGAGACGGUUUGGACCUUAUUACACAGAACCAGUCAUUGCUGGGCUGGACCCCGUAACGCACGAACCUUUCAUCUGCUCUCUAGACCUGAUCGGCUGCCCGAUGAUAACUGAUGACUUUGUGGUCAGCGGCACUUGCUCGGAGCAGAUGUAUGGCAUGUGCGAGUCCCUCUGGGAGCCCGACAUGGAACCAGAUCACCUCUUUGAAACAAUCUCACAGGCCAUGUUGAAUGCAGUGGACAGAGAUGCCAUAUCUGGAAUGGGUGUUAUAGUACACAUAAUUGAAAAAGACAAAAUCACCACGAGGACCCUGAAAGCUCGCAUGGACUAGCCCAGCACAGCUGUUCCCGUGUUUCACAUCCCAGUCUACUUGUAACUUUUUUAAAAUAAAACUCUUCUCCUCUGUUGUA